AUGCUUGCAAAAGAAUUUUAUACUAUAAUUCAAAACGAAGAAUCGGCUACUAAUUUUUUAAUUUCUAAAAAACUUUUAGUAAAUGUAGAAAAUGUAUUGUGCGAUAAGUGUAGUAGUGAAAUGAAAUAUUACAUAAAAAAAGAACGCGGAAAAGAAAGAAAAUUGUUGAGGUGUAAAAGGAAAGGGUGUCAAACCACUCAAAGUAUAAGAAAGAACAAUAGUUUUUGGACAUACUUGGAUAAAAAUGGGCGUAAUAAUAGUGGAUUAAGUAUUGGAGCACAACUAGAAUUAGUUUAUUAUUGGUGUCAAGAUUUAAAGCAGUCCACAAUUAUAACUUUAACCGGUAGAUCAGCUCAUACAGUGUGUGACUGGAUGAACUUGUGUCGUGAUGUACCCGUCAGAAUAUUUGAAAACCGCAAUAAAUUAGGAGGACCCGGAAUAGUUAUCCAAGUAGACGAGUGUUUGUUACGAGGAUCAAGGAAAUAA